UAUUCUCUUUAUUUACCUUCGCACGAAGAGGUGGUCUUUUUUUGUGGUCCCGCUGAUGCGCAUAACAACAAUAGCAACAACAACGCGAUAGUGUAGCAAACAAAUGGAAUUAUGAGCAGAUCAAAAUAAACAAAUAACUUUUAUUUAAUAACGGAGUGCAAUUUUUAAUGGUUCUUAUUAGAAAAAGUGUGUGAGCAGUGUGUAAAGUGCAUCAUUUACCAACAAUUGCAGUUAUAUAAAAUACAACAAUUGCAAGAUUACUGUAACUGCAAAAAAAUUUUACAAUUUUUGGUGGAAUCUUACCACCCGGUGAGUGAGUGAGUGAAGUGGAGGCUAGUGGUCUGUUAUGGGUCAGAUUAUGGGUUCCGUGCAUAGCAAUGUGGCCGAGGUGUUUGGCAGUCGACGCAAAAGGAAACACAGCACCGAUGCCAUCCAGGCCCAAGAUGAGGAGAAUGCCAAACAGAAUGCCACAUCGCCCAAGAAAAAGAAGCUACUGACCACCACUCAGUAUAUAUAUAAGGCCCUGUUCAAGGAGCAACAGAAUUCCGAUGUGGCUGUAAUGGCUAUGGAUAAGGUUUGGCAUCUGCAUAAGGUCUAUCUCAGUCAGAGUCCAUAUUUCUAUACCAUGUUCAAUGGAUCGUGGAAGGAGGCCCAACAGAGUUUUAUACAAAUCACCAUACUGGAUGAUCGAAUCAAUGUUAAGAGUUUGGAUGCCGUUUUUGGUUCCAUGUACUCGGAUGAGAUAGAGAUUGAGGUGGCCGAUGUGAUACCAGUUUUAGCCACAGCCACACUCUUUCAUUUGGAUGGCAUCAUUGAUAAGUGUGCCGAGGUAAUGAUCGAUAAUAUCAAUGCAGAGACGGCUAUACAAUAUUAUGAUGCUGCCUGUCAAUAUGGUGUGAUUGCUGUCAAGAAAUCCACUUUCCAAUGGUUCCAAAUCAAUCUAUUGAGCAUUUACAAUAAACAUCCCAAUCUUCUACGGCAUAUAUCGAUUGAAUUGAUGACUGCUUUGACUGCUAGCCAUGAUCUCUAUGUUAUGCAAACGGAAUUCUCACUCUACACACUUUUGCGUACUUGGAUGUUUUUGCGUUUGCAUCCCGAAUAUGAUCCCGAGGAUCCAGCGCAACGGGCUGAGGCUCAAAAGACCCAAGAACGGCUGGCCAAUGCUGGUGUGGAUACACAUACGCCGAGUAGUGAUUUACCACAGUGGACAUUCUUUGCCACACGAACGGAGGAACGUUCAUUUCUGGCCACACCCGAGGGACAGGCCUAUGUGCCUGUGUUUCAGAAAUUGCGUACCCAAUAUCUCACAAAUCAUUAUAUGGACUUGAAGAUUAUAUUCAAUGAUAAUAUUAUACCCAAGGAAUGGCUAUAUCGUCAUAUGCAUAGCCAUUGGGAUGCUCUGCUGCGCAUUGAUCAUGGUCAAGAGGAUGGCUGCCCCCAACAAUUGGAUAAGGAACAAUUCUUUGAGAAUUGCAUGCGCUGUGGCCGUCUUCUUCUAGAGCCUGGUUAUCAAAAAUGGCGCUGGACGGGUUUCAACUAUGGCAUGGAUCUCAUACUUAUAAUGGAUUCACGUAGACUGAACAUCAGACGUCAUCAUCGGCAUGAGCAUGAGCGUGUCCUGAGUCUGCAGACUAAACGCAAAUUUAUGGUACGCACUACAGUGACCUCGAUAAAUGCUCAACGUCAGCCCAUAUUCACUCAAACAUCGGAGAUUACAUCCCUGAGUCUGGAGAAGAAUGAGGAAGUGCCAUUGAUGGUUCUAGACUCAAAGCUAGUGCAUCCUUUGCUAAUAUCCAUUAAUAUAUUGGUUGUAAUGCCACCCAAUCAAAGUUUCAAGGAAAUUGUACCCAUGAGUGAGGAAUUCUCGGCAGGAACAUCGCUCUCUAUACCCAUAUCCGAAAUUGGGGAUAAUUGUGAACGUCCCCUAACACCGGCCAGUGCAGAUGAUUCGGCGGUGUUUGUAAAUGGCGGUGAUUCGGAGACAUCAACCCCAUCAUCACCGUCGCCAAGAAGACGCAUCACCUGGUCUCUCAAUGAUCCACUUCACUCCAAUAAUCAUGACGGUGAUCAAUUGUGUAAUAAUUUAGGAUGCUGAGCAUCUCAAUUUGAAAACCAAAACCAACUAAAAAAAACCCACCACCACCGCCCUUUGUUAUGUUCAGGGAAUCGCUUUUCAAUCAAGAGCGCGAUUCUCGUUUAAUAGAUUGUAUAAAUAUUCGUUCUUCUUAAUUAAAUAGGCUUAAUAGAUCGUUGUA